AUGGCUGCUGUUGAAAAGGGAGAUGUAGUCGUAAGAAUUACAGACGACACAGAGAAAUCAAACCUGGAAGAAAAGCAAGACAAAUCAAAGAUCUUAAAUUCAUGGAAGCAAUGGAUGUUUACGGGUGAAAAAAAGACCAGAUUUAGCAAGACUUUUGGCUUAAUUCAAAGCAACUCCGUAACACUUAGGAACCUUAUUGUGGCGGUAUCAACUUACGGCCUCGAACGACUUCUCAACGCCAAAGCAUUUAACUGCCCGGAAGAGAAUUACAAACAGUAUGGCUACGCGUUCUUGUUCGCUCCAGUUGUUAUUCUCUUCUGCUUGAAUUUGUUAGUUAUUGGCGAGAUCUGGAAACUGUCGUCCAGAAUGUGCAUCAAACGCUAUAGAAGGAGAGGAGAUCGCGUCGCUCGAGUUUUGCCAAGUUUACUCAAGGCUUUUGUUGGGCCGGCUGUAUGGCUAAUUGUGGCAUUUCUGGAAGAAGAUUAUUACCUCUGUGCCAAGCUUGGAUCCUUACCUUCAAGAGGCAACAGAACAAGCGAGCAGAAAGUCGUUGAAUAUAAAAGUCAAUCACAUGUCUUGGCUUGGGGUGUUCUCGUCGCGAUUGUCAUUCUGGGUACAGCAAUGAUAGUGUUGAAGAACUGCUAUCUUAAAGACAAUCUUCUUAUGGAAAGUAAGUAUAAAAAUCAACAAAAAUUUCGAAAAUAAAGUGCUAAAAUUGAUACUAACAUUAAAUAGGAAAUUUGGUUUGAUAAUUUGAUAAGGUCAAGAUCGUGUGGUCAAUGAAAAAUGAUGUUUAAAAGCUGGCGUUUCGAGUUAAUGCCUUUCGUAAGUGAUUCUAGCUUUCGUUUUGAAAUAACAAAUGUCCUAAAUCAGAGAACAACGCGGAAAAUUGAAAAGAAUAUUCUUUAUAAGUGACGAGUUAACAUACCGUAAACUUUCGCUUAUAAGCCCUGGGCUUAUAUAACUUCGUAAAUGGUUUUAGGAAGGCUCAUAAAUAAAGUGGGGUGGGGGAGGGGCUUACAACCAGACGAAAAAAAGAGUUUCAUAACAAGUUAUGUGACAGUGCUGAUCAAAAUACUUUUUUAAGUGGGGGGGGAGGGGGGGGGACUUGUAAGUGGGGGCCUUAUAAGUGGAGGACAUACAGCUGGGGGGCUUAUAUGUGGGGGGGUCUUAUAAUCGAAACUUUACGGUAUUUGUACGAGGUGAAGAUUGGCAUAAUCCUUCUUUAAAAAAGGAUCGAAACCAAAUAGUGACCAUUGUAUAUUGAUGACUAUGAAUUUCAACAUUUAUAAGCAAACUACGUUUUCCUAGAUAAAACUGAAUGCUUUAUUUUCUGGUUUCCAGAUCUCUAUGCCUAUGAAAGACGAGAGGCCCUAAGCGCAAUGAAAACAUUCACAGAACAUAUGGGUGGUUCACUAAAGGAUGCUAAACUCGACAACGACCCAAAGACGUCCGAGUACGGCAGCAAAGAGGAAAAGGUUACACUUUAUGAUGAUGGCAUUCCUGAAAAGAGAGGAAAGAAAACAGUUGAGAAAUUAUUUGAAGGUGAGAGUGAAAGAGCUUGGCAUGGCUACACCCUCAGAUUAAUCAGGAAAUGAGAAAAUAACUGAGCACUGGCAAGAGUGAAACAGUCUGACCAGUACCGGGAGCCGAUUACCCGGAGCCUCCAUGUGUGCUGUAACCUUGAGUCAAACCUUUCCCGUUUUAAUACAUACUUUUAGAACUAAAAGUAUUUCCGAGGACGUCCACACAGAGACAAAAGAAAGAAAAUGGCAGUAGAGUGGGAACCUUUCUCUUUGUUCCCUCAUCGGUUUCCUUUGAAAAUUUGUUCCACGUUUCCUCCUUUUCUCCUAACAGCACUUUGUUAAGGGAGCUGAGUCGUGAAAUUUAUCAAAAUUCUAACAAUAGGAGAUACCAGCAAGUUGAGUAAAGCAUAAAAAUAGGAAGAUAUAAAAAGAAGGUAUAAAUAUUACAGCGAAUACAAUGAUAAACACUUGGCAGGUAUAUUUGUUGGACAGAAAGCUGUGAUUUUGUCGUUUACCAGUAAUUUUUUCGCUAACGUUAUAGGAUAAAGCACUGUUUAGAAACAUUCCUUUUUUGUUGUACAAAUUUGUAACGAGUGAAACAAAAGAAUCUUCUGUGAAAAGAACCAAUCCGCUUCUGGUUAGCACAUUAAUAAUAAUAAUCAUCAUAAUAAUCAUAAUAAUAAUAAUAAUAAUAUAAGCUUAUAUAGCGCUGUUUCUAGAAAUUCAACAGCACUUUACAAUAUUACAAUUAAAAUAAUAAAAGCUCUCAUUCAAACUAAUUAAUUAAAAACUGAAGCUACCAAAUAAAAUAACGCCUAAAAGAAAUGUCUUCAACUAAGAUUUAAAAACAGUCAGUGAAUUGCAACAUCUUAGAUCUUCUGGAAGAGUGUUCCACAGUUCAGGGGCAGCACAAGAAAAGGCCCUUUGCCCGUAUGUUUUAAGUUUAUAUUUCGGUGUUACAAGGAGAGAUUUACCCGAGGAGGGCAAUGUUCUCCAAGGAUUGGAACAGUAUUAAUCGACCAACUACUCCAGCCAGUGUUGUCUGACAUGUUAUGAUUUCGUUAAAGGUUAUGAAGGUGACAAAUGGAGCAAGGGUGGCGGCUGGUAUUACACCAGGGCUUACGAAGAUUUCAAGAACAUGUACCCUCGUAUUUCCACUGGAAGCCCAUUCGACCCUUGGAGAAUGGUCGAAGGAGAUCACCAUGGUAAAAGGACCUACAGUGUGAGCUGCAGGGACGAACUGAAGCCCUUACAGCCAACGGCGGUGACCCAACUGAUCGGAAGACCUUCUGAGCCAGAUGAUGAAGAAGAAUCUAUAGUAUAA